AUGCCUGCGCGUCGCAGGGAUGAGAUCCGGAGCCCUUCCAAUCACUCCCCCGGUUGGUCCUCUGAUGGGGUAGAUUGGCCUCCGAACGGGACCGUUUCUUUGCACAAGGCAAAGCGGCCCUUCUGUGUUUGCCGAGAGUGCGAGCCAGCACGCGAGAGCUCCGUGGCUGAAAGGUGCGAUGUGUUCAUAACUCACUUUAGCAACUUGCGGUUCGAGUCGAGUGAGUUUCAGUGCCCCGUCGUUCACAUGCCAGAAUCCUUCCGUGAUUUCGGCUUGCGUUGGUUGAGUUCGCCUCAGGACCUCACGUUUGACCGUGACGAGGACGAUGCUGCGUUGCAGCCGCUCUCAACAGUUUGCCAAACGAGCCGGUUGAAUAAAAGCAGGUUCAUGGCAUUCAUGCACGGGGCAUGUUGGAAAGACCAUUACCCAACAGCUGAUUUCUGGCUGCGCGUUGCGUUGUUUGAUGAGGUCGCUGAAGGUUACGCAAAAGCACCAGAAGCUCUGGGUUACUGUAGGGGUCGUAAAGAUCAGCCUGUGGAAGCUCAAAACAUUGUGACGCAAAAGCUGACUGAAUAUGGCGUGUCGCAUCAAUUCGCAGCUACUUCGCUGACGAGGCCGUACUGGCAUGGGAGCCAUUCAAGUUUGCAGUAG